AAAAGUGCCAAAAUUCGUAGUGGUAGAUCCCUCAAUAUAUUUUGAGUUAUUUUCGGACUGCUUUUGGAGCCAGCACUCUCUGUGCUGAAAGAGAUAGAGAGAGAGAGAAGGCAAAGUAGGACAUGAUGAACACGCAUCUGAUUCUAAAACAUUUUCCCAACCACAUACUUUUCCGCCUGCUGCACUAUUCACUAAUUGCGGCACAAUUGCGCGACGAGGUGGGCAGUGAAGUGGCGUCCAUUAAGCCACGCUAUGCCCAAGAAUGGCAACCUUUUUCCCUCUGGCUCAUUAACAUGUUGCUGGCCUAUGCCGGCGAUAUCAUAGCGAACAUUAUGUUGGGCACCCUGCCCCUAGAGCCGCUGUGCUCCGGCCACGAUGUGCUCUUCUGCACGCUCACCUGGUACGUCAUCUUCUACUGCCCCUUUAAUCUGGGCUAUGCGCUAGCACGUACGGCUACUUUUCGGAUUCUGGCAACGACCAUAACGGCCAUCAGUCAAGUGCUGCUCAUUGACAAGGGUGUUAAUAUGGCGGGCCGGGUCUACGACAAUGCUGUGGUGCCCAUGAUUGUGAUUGGCACUGUCAUGGGCAGUGGUGCGGAGUUGCUUAAGCCAGUGGCAUCGAUUCUCAUUAACAAAUGCCAGCACAACAAUGCGGCUUACGUCAAACUGACUACAAACUCCAAGCUGGCCCUGUGCAUUUCUGGGCUGUAUGCGCUCCAAGUAAAUCGGAGUAAUUUACUGCUCGGCCUCACACAUCAUCAGCUGCAAAUCUAUUUGCUGAUCAUACUCAUGACGUUCAAAUACAUGUCGCUGGCCUAUCGAAUGGAUCACAUGAUCUGGUUAAUAGAGGCGAGACUGCGUUAUGCACUUUUCGGCGGCUUCUAUUCAGACUUGAGCAAAUUUUUUAAACGACCACCUCUCGACAGACGGUCAAGAAGAUCGUUUUCAAAGUUUGAUUAAAGCUGAAUAGAAGCGGCGCCGAUAUAUUGACAGAAGUGCACCCUUCACUGGAGCACUAGGCCGACUGAUGUUUUCUUGCCUGAUCAAGCAUCGUUAGGCUAAUAGGCGGCUUGUAACUUAACCCAGCAAGAGCUCAAAAGAUGUGUUGCAUGACUUGACCGCACCCCAGGGAUUGUCAGCGCUCAGGCUCAGGUUACAUAAGAAUGCACCGCGUGCGACACUAAGUGGCUUACCAGAGUGAGGAGACACAAACGAGGUCCGAAGGAACGGGUUAACAAAUGUUGAAGUUGCAAGUGUUGUUGUACAAAAUGGCACGAAAAUAAUGUGAGAACUUUCGAUGAAGAAGUGCGGGAUAAGGAAUACAAUAAGGAACUUAAGCUCGAAAUUUAAUUUAAUUUCACUUCGUGAUUUUUUUUAAUAUGGAUGAAUUAUUUAUUUUACUGAAAUACAUAAAUGUAGCAAAA